UCUCUAUAAAUACAGCCCGGGACGCUCGCCGCCUCCACUUCAGUCCUUCAACCCAGCAGAGGUGUAGCAUAGCCAUAUUUGGCUCCAUUUUCUCAACAAAUUGCAUUUUUUUCACCCCAGCGUUUGAGUCUAAUGGACACACACUUUGUAAAUGCUUUUUAAGAAUCAACACUCCAGGAGAACACGCGCUGUCUGCUCAACAGGCCCUGGCCUUGAGGCUUAUCUAAAAGGGUUUAACUUCACUGGUGAACCACCUUGGAUAUCCUGCACUUGAAGAACUGUGACAUAAAACAUUCCAUCUCUUUUGUAUCCUAUUUUGAAGUGACCAAUCAAAGGACUUCUUGUGACCAUGAAUACACCAUCUUCUGUCGAGUGUGAUGUAUCUUUCUUGGAAGAGGGAUUUUCCGCAAGGGAUAUUGUAGAGCAGAAGAUCAAUGAGUCAUCAAUGACAGAUGACCGGGAUGCCUUCUAUGUGUGUGACCUGGGAGACGUCUUAAAGAAGCACCUGCGCUGGGCACGGGCGCUUCCUCGAGUGUCUCCUUUCUACGCUGUGAAAUGCAACGACAGCAGAGCUGUUUUGAUGACACUGGCCUCUCUGGGAACUGGUUUUGACUGUGCUAGCAAGACUGAGAUUCAGCUGGUUCAGUCCCUCGGAGUGGAUCCCAGCAGAAUCAUCUAUGCCAACCCAUGCAAGCAGCUUUCUCAGAUCAAGUAUGCGUCUGCCCACGGUGUUCAGAUGAUGACCUUUGACAGUGAGGUGGAGCUGAUGAAAGUGGCUCGCUGUCACAACAACGCCAAGCUGGUGCUGCGUAUAGCUACAGAUGACUCGAAGGCAGUAUGUCGCCUGAGUAUUAAGUUUGGUGCCCAACUUAAAUCUUGUCGUGGCCUACUGGAGCGGGCUAAGGAACUGGGGCUUGAAGUGAUCGGCGUUAGCUUCCAUGUUGGCAGCGGAUGCACGGACUCUGCGGCCUUCACGCAGGCCAUUGCAGAUGCCCACUGUGUCUUUGAUAUGGGGGUUGAUCUGGGCUUUGACAUGAAACUUUUAGACAUCGGAGGAGGUUUCCCUGGUUCAGAAGACGCUGAACUCAAAUUUGAAGAGAUCACAGCAGUAAUCCACUUAGCACUGGAAAAAUAUUUUCCUGCUGACAGUGGUGUGAGGAUCAUUGCUGAGCCAGGUCGCUUUUAUGUGGCCUCUGCGUACACCUUGGUUGUCAACAUAAUUGCCAAGAAGGUGCUCAUGGAUGAUGAUGACACAGCCUCUGAUGAAGAAGAUGAAGGGAUCUGUGACAAGAGCCUGAUGUACUAUGUCAACGAUGGAGUGUAUGGAUCCUUCAACUGUAUUCUCUACGACCAUGCGCAUUGUCUGCCAACACUGCACAAAAAACCCAAACCGGAUGAAGCCAUGUAUCCCUGCAGUAUAUGGGGCCCAACUUGUGAUGGUCUUGAUCGCAUUGUUGAGCAGUGCAACCUGCCAGACCUGCAUGUGGGCGAUUGGCUAGUCUUUGAAAACAUGGGUGCCUACACUGUGGCUGCCUCCUCCACCUUCAAUGGUUUCGAAAAGCCUGACAUUUAUUACGUCAUUUCACGCUCGGCCUGGCAACAUGUGCAGCAGAUCGGCUCUCUGGGCCUACCGACCUCUAUGGAGCCCUGCUUGCUUGACGUUCCAGCUUGCUGUGGAAGAGCGAGCAACCUUGAGAUGGCAGCUAAGCCCCCUCAGACCCCUGUUAUUUAAAAAUAUCACAACUGAUCAAGCAUUCUUUGUCAGUGACAAGACCUUGUUUUGUGACACAUCUUGGCCAGUAACCUGGAGAAAGAGAGGGGUUUAUUGUUGCACACGUAAUUUGGUGUUUGGUAUGAUUUCUUAGAAGAAUGGCUGCUACACAGUAUUUAAAAAAAAAAUGUUUCAUCAUCUUCGCAACAGAACCAGAAGAUUUUAACCUUGUAUUCUGACUGUUCAUGAAGUACUAUUUUUCUUAUUUGUAAAUGGAGUAAUUGACACGUCAAUUCAUUCAACAUUACCAAUAUAAUACUAAUGUUUCUUAGUGUUAAACUCCUCCAUGUUUCCAGUGCAAUUCAUGUGACUUCACUUUGUGUACUCUAGAAGUACAGCACCCUGUUUAAAACAAAACUUUAAGGUUACCACUAAUCCACUGGGACUCAAAACACUGCCCCUCCCCCUUUCCCCGUCGUCAUAGCCUACAGAAGGCAAGAGGUUUAUUUACAGAAAGAAGCUGUUUAAACUACAUUGAUAAAGAUGGGUUUGCAAUAUCAUGAGUUUUCCUAUGGAAACUUUCUGAAGUUUUGUAUUUUUUUAAUAAACUGGUGCAGAGCUGA